AUGUCAUUCGCUUCUCGUAUGCUGAAAACCUUAGCUCAAAGCAACACUGUCGAGCUUGGAAGACGUGUUUCUGGUGCACGGGAGGCGCUCGCGACUAGCAAGCGAGGAUCAUCAAUCAGAUACCAAAAUUCUGGAAACUAUCACAGCUUCUCACAUGCAACUACGAUAGUAAACCGGUCUGACCUAUUUUCAUGGGGCAGUACAGGCACCGGUCCUGCAAACGGGCUAAGGAAACGAUGGCUUUGGGGUCACAUGGAAAAGUGGUGUGCUCGCAAGUUAGGAGUGAAUGUAGCUAAUUCCAGCAACGGCGUGUUCCACUUUGCGCGCCAGCCGCCGCCAGCUCUGCCUGCCGCCGCCUGCGUGGGCCCCCUUGCGGUGCCGGCGCUCCCGCCCACUGGGCGCCGCUGCGAGCCACUGCGGCGAAAGGCGCUCGCACACCUCUCGGCCGGUCCGGGGCUUGCAGCGGCGCUCUUUGUCUCUUCUCCUUUCUGUUCUUCUCUUAGAGCUGAACAUAAAGAAGGCGAUGCUUUUCUCAAUAUAUUGGUUCUCUUCGAAUUCGAGGCGUCUGACGAAAUUAUGGUCGCCACUUCCAGGUCACUAGUUUGCUCCCAUUUUGUGCGACACGUGCGAGGGCCCGGCGCGAACCUGCAAACUACGCUGGCCUUCUUCCUGGAAAUGGAUGUCCGGAUUCCAAGGAUUCGGAAUGUGGAUGAUCAGAAGAAUAUUGAGGAUUUCCUGGAUAGGGUCUAUCUCAUAACAAUUACUGCUACACGGCCACUAAAAUGCAACUAUAUAAAAGUGAGUAAAGCCAAACUCACUAGAAGUGUUAACGAUUCGGACUCCCUCCUCGAGCAUGGAUACGUACUAGCGUGUGGUCUGGAGGAAAAGAGAUACAUGGACAGAAAUUAA